AAAAUGGAGAGAAAACACAUGUCAGCCUUCGCUUUAUAUCAAACUCUGCCAUCAGGCCUUCCUUCUCCUAUUAAGAAGCCUUCGGUGAAGGUUGCAGCUAAGAAGAAAAAGACAAAGGACAAUGUAGCUACAGCAGCUAAAGUCAGCGAAUUCAAAGCUCAAAUGAAAGCUGAAAGAAAGAAGAUGCGAAAGAAGCUUGUAAAGGUUGGAAACAGAGAGGAAAGCCCUAAGGCAAACACUGAUGAGGCUGUGGGGUUUGUACAUGGAGAGCUUCUGAAUGCUGUGCUGACCGACCUCGCCAAAUUCAACAACAGCAGGGAGAGAGCAAGCAAGCUGUUUCAGUGGCUCAUCAACCCCAUUCCUGCCAAGUCCUUUUUCAGGGACAUAUGGGAAAAGAAGCCCAUCUUUGUUCAGCGCAAGAAUCCAGAUUACUACAAGGGGCUGUUCUCCACUGCAGAGUUUGAUCGCAUAUUGAGAGAGGAGGAUGUUCAGUAUGGAGUGAACCUGGAUGUUACAAGCUACACUAAUGGCAAGAGAGAAACGCAUAAUCCUCCAGGGAGGGCUUUGCCAUUUACUGUGUGGGACUUCUAUGAGAGUGGCUGCUCCCUUCGCAUGCUGAAUCCUCAGGCUUUCUCCUCCACAGUGUGGAACGUGUUGUCCAUCCUCCAAGAGCAAUUUGGCAGCAUGGCAGGAGCCAACGUAUACCUGACACCACCUGGAACACAAGGCUUUGCUCCACAUUAUGACGACAUUGAGGCGUUUGUGGUUCAGCUGGAGGGGAAGAAACACUGGCGAGUGUACAACCCAAGGACAGAUGAUGAAGUUUUGCCUGUGCUUUCAAGUCCAAACUUUAAUGAUGCGGAGAUCGGUAAGCCGAUCCUGGAUGUGGUGCUAGAAGCUGGGGAUCUCCUCUACUUUCCCCGGGGAUUCAUCCAUCAGGGCAACUGCCUACCAGAUGCACACUCUCUACACAUCACCAUCUCCUCUUACCAGAAGAACAGCUGGGGGGAUCUGCUGCAGAGGUUGGUUCCAGCAUCGUUAGAGAUCGCAAUGGAGGAGGAUGUGGAAUUCAGACGGGGUUUACCUCUGGACUACCUGACAUACAUGGGAGUACAGAACUCUGACAAGGAUGACCCACGCCGGGCAAAAUUCUUCUCACAAAUUGUGAGUCUGAUGAAGAAACUAACAAAUUACGCCCCAGUCGAUGCUGCUGUCGAUCAGAAAGCCAGAGACUUCCUGCAUGACUGCCUGCCUCCUGUGCUUACUCCAGAUGAACUGGCCAGCAGUGUGAAAGGAGCACCGACUCGGUGGGAGGCUGGACGAGUUAGGGAUGUGGAUCUACAAAUUACAACCCAGACCCAAGUCAGAGUUCUUUGUGCAGGGUGUGCCAGGUUAUGCAGUGAUGGAAAUGCUGUUCAUCUUUACUACACCACAGACAACUCACGAGUUUACCACAAAGAGGAGCUCAAGAGUUUUGAAAUAAAAACAGAGCAUACAGAUGCCAUUGAGUUUCUGGUCCAUUCGUAUCCCAACUUUGUGACAGUAGGAAGCCUCCCAUGUGAUUCUGUGCAGGAAAGGAUUGCUUUGGCAGAACUGCUUUUUGAGAAGGGGAUCAUCCACAGUGCACAACCUCUGUAGUGGCCACAGAUUCUUCAGCCAUGCUGGCUGUGUGAACAGAUUCAGCUUAUCACUGUACAAUAUAAGAUCUUUGAUGUGAAAACACUUUUGUCCCAAGGAGUCCUUGUUAGUGCUACUGGAACUGGAUAAAUAGUGUAUCAAUUUGUUGUCUGUUCAGCUUGAUAUGAACUGUUUUUUGUUGUUUUUUU